AAUAUUCCCACUUAGCAAGGAAGACUUACUCAAGGUAGAAAUGGAUCUUGAGAAGGAAGAUGCUGCCAUUGAUGAGCAGUUCGCAUUUUUCGUCCAGACCAACGCAAAGAUUGACAAUGUACAGGAAUUUAAGAGUCUUGUCGAUAUUUAUCUCAGCAAGCAUAAUAUACCAUAUUCUCGUGAAUCUUCUGGGUCCUGCAUCCUAUACCGGUGUCCAUUUAGUGAUACUUGUAGUUUCUGCAUCAAAGGUGGAAUUUGCCGUUCUAAGUCCCCGGGAAAGAAAGGCGUUUUAUCUUUAAACAGGGUGAGUCUGGAACAUUCGUGCGGGUGGGAGAACAUUCCUCGAGACAAGCGGAAUACCAACUAUCGCCCGUCUUAUCAAAAUCGACCUUCUUUUAUUCAAUCACAUAAAUUAGAAAGCGCUACCAGCUCCAAUGGAUCGAGUUCGAGUCUUCCCUCGAUGGAGCUGAGUCCUCUCUUUUCGAUCCCUUCUUCCUCUUCUACAGUCAAAGUAGCUGGAGGAGAAGAAGAAGGGGGAGCAGUAAUGGCAACAGCAACUACAUCUACUCCUACUACUACUACAUCUACUCCUACUACUACUACAUCUACUACUACUACUACUACUACUACUACUACUGUCGCUAUAAAUCCAAAUGCUAAUGCUAAUGCUAAUGCUAAUGCUAAUGCUAAUGCAACGGCAACUGCAACGGUAACGGCACCGGCUGCUCCUACCAUUUUGCCUUCUCCCCAACCGAAGAAUCCUCGCGCCAAGGAACGGCUCCGCUCGAAGCGUCCAAUGUACUGCCGUAACGCGUACAUGCACUACCUGGUGAAGCAUUUGGUGAAGAACAAUCCGUAUAUCAGUCUGCAGAGCAUCAUCGAUGUCCUCGAGAAGAAGCAUGUGGAAUACAAAACCAUCUCUGUUUCCAAAGCCAGAGCGGAUGAACGAAGCCUUUACAUCACUUCCAUGAAGGAUAUAGUCGAGAAAUUGAAUCAUUUAAGUAAGUGUAUAGUGGUUAUUGAUUAUCAAGAAUCGAUCAUUUUGGAGGCAAAUCCCAACGAUCGCGUCGAAAUCGUAACGUCUGUCGCUGCAGGAAAGGAACUCCUCUCUGCCCUGUUUAUCUGUCCGUUCGGUUUGCAGCAAGCCCAUCAACUCCAAAAAAAGCCCCUAUAUUUGGACUGCUGCUAUUUGCACGGAGAAAACUCGGGCGUUUUGUUCCACGCUUCGGAAAUCGAUCCCGAUUACCGUCCUGUUUUGGUAGCUUUUAUGAUCGCCGAGCAAGAGAGCGUUUCGAAUUGGCGCCGAUUUUUGGAAUUCCUGGAGUCGAGCCAUCUGCUGACUCCCGAAGACGACGUGGCCCACGUGCUUCUAUCGCUGUGCAUGCUGCUGGAGUCGAAUCUUCCCCAGCUGGAGUACGCGUUUUCGGAUUUGGCGGCAGAAUCUUCGCCGUGGUACGUGAACGGCGCGGUGCGUCGGAAGCGGAGCAUUCGAUCGGAGUCGUUCACGCUUCGCGCGCUGCUGCUUCGCUGCGUGUUUGCGUACGGCGCGGAAGCCUCGCUGUUUUUGAACCGCCUGAUGAGCGAAAAGAGCGAUCUGUUCGACGAGCUGCAGCACUUGGGGAAGUGGAACCGAAGCCUCUUCGCGGUGCAGCUUCGCGAGCUGCAUUCGCUCUGCUUGACGCACAUCGAGCGCGAUUUGCUCGAGCAGAACUCGCUGCAGUAUUUGAUGAUCGACGAUCUCGCGACGGGAUUGUACUACUUUCAAUGUCUCGAUUGCGAAGAGCGGCGACACAUCUACCUCCACUUCGAUCCCGACGAGCUCACGCCGCACUUCCAGCAAGUCCUCGCGGAGUACGCGCGGUUUAAAGGCGAAUAUUCGAUCGAAAACGGGUCGCCCUGCGCGGUUUCGAUGCUGCUGGAAGGCGUGCAGCGCAAGUUCCUGGUCGAUCUGGAGGGCAAAACCUGCUCCUGCGGGCUGUGGCAGGCGCUGCGGUUCCCUUGUCUGCAUGGCUGGCUGGUGGCGACGGUGCGAGGCGUGGCGUGGGAGAUGGUGGACGAGGGUCUGCACUCGGUGAAGCAGGCUUUGCGAACGUGUCCGUCGAUGAAUGUCCCGUCGUUCCCGCACUCCAUUCUCACGCAGAUCGCGUAUUAUAAGAAGAGCACGGGGAGGAUGGAGAAGAACGCGCUGCCCGAGGCGCUGGCGCAGGCGGCGAUUCUCCCGGUCAAUGUGGGGGAAAUGAUGAUUCCGGAGGAGAAGAAUUUGAUUUCACUGUGGCGUGUUUGUUCACAAACAAGAGAGCUUUGCGUCCAAACGCGGAUCGUGUGGUCGUACGCGCAGCUGAAGAGCUGCGGACGGAGGUCGUUGAGGUAG